AUGCAUCGCUCGCAACUCAGCGCGAUACAAAAAGCGCCGACGGCGGGACUCGAUCCCGAGAUCGUUCAGGCGCUGCCGACUGUUACUUUCGCCCGCGAAAAGCUUCGCGAAGGCUGCUGCGAAAGCUUCCGCGAGUGUGCGGUGUGCCUUGGGGAAUACGAGGAAGGGGAGUGUAUCAAGACGCUACCAUCCUGCGGACACAGAUUCCACGCCACAUGUAUCGACAUAUGGUUCUGUGCGCAUACCACGUGUCCCAUCUGCCGAUUCAACUUAAAACCGCCGAAACCGCCGGGCCAGCAGGAAGACUCGCAAGGUCCGGCGACGGAUGCAGGCGAUGCAGGCGGCGCAGGCGAGAGACAUGCGACGGCUAGCGACGAGGUGGAUGCGUCGGCGACAGUGAAUGAGUCAACAGCGGAUAGCGUUAGCAUUCAAGUCGAAACUAUUGAUGAUUCCCAGCAGCAGCACGAAAUUGUCGUGGUUGGAACAACAACAGAAAUGGAUGAUUCACCAAGAGCGUUCGCGCCAUCGCCAGCGGCACGGUCAGUGGCAGUUGCUGCAACAGAGGAAGCAGAUGCGUUUUCCGCAGCAGCGGCAGUGGCAACAGCAGAAACGGAUGCGCCAUGCGAGCCAGCGGGGAUUAGGGGAUCGUCUGAACGGGCUCCCGCGCCGAGCCAUUCACCCGACACCAAUUUCGUUAUAAGCACAACAACGAGCGAUCCAGCGUCUUCCGCGCACAACGUCUCCGCAUUCCCCGCCGCUUCCCCUCCCACCAAGCGGAAAAUCUCCGCGCUGCUCCCGCACGACCCCGCGCCCGGGAACUGCUCCGCGCCGAUCCACGGCUCCCCCGCGGAGCAAUGCGCUGCCGCGCGCGCAGAAGCCGCCUGCCGCAGCGGCGCGCAGCUGGAAUACCUCCAAUUCUUCUACUGCACGUUUGAAGGAAGCCCGGUAUUGGGUGUAGCGCUGCUGCUGACGUGGCUGGCGGCGCUGAUUUUCCUCCUAGGGAAUGUCGCGGCGGAUUUUUUCUGCCCCUCGUUAGAAGAACUCGCGGAGCUGCUGCGGCUGCCGCCCGCUGUAGCGGGGGUUACGCUGCUGCCGUUGGGGAAUGGCGCGCCUGACGUGUUCGCCAGCGUGGUUGCGUUUGUGGGGAAAGGACAUCAGAGCCUGGUGGGCUUCAACGGCGUUUUGGGGGCGGCGUGUUUCGUCUCCACCGUGGUGGCCGGCUCGGUUUGUCUUGUAGCGGCCAGCAAGGCUCCGAGGGUGCAGUUGCACAGAUCGUCCUUUACACGAGACCUGACGUUCUUCCUCCUCGCUGUCUUGGCCCUGUGCAUGCUGGUGUGGCAGCGCGCAGUGCAUCUACCACACGCCCUUCUCUUCUUCGCCAUCUACCCCGCCUACUGCCUCGUGGUCGCCCUUUACCACUGCCUGCCAACGCCUGAAGCACGCACUCCCAGAUUCCAGAUCCACCCCUUCCUCCGCUCAGUGUCCCAGGCUACGCUACCCCACUGGCUGUGGACACAUGAACGCUCGCUCUUCCACUCGCGCCUGCACACCCACCACUACCUCCACCCCAGCACCUACCUCUCCCUCCCCUUCAUCUUCUCCCGGGAGAAUUCGGACAAUAGCGACGCGCCACCUGGCCACGUGGAGGCCGAGGACGUGACAGCUGGCAGCUGCUCAGUGGUGCUGCCGCCCCGCCUGCUGUCCCCCCCGCUGUCCUCCUCCCCGUCCCGCGCCGCUCCUCCCGUGCUCCACUCUGCUGCUUCUGCUGAUUUCGCCGGUGCUGAUGAUGCUGAUACUGCUGCGGUUGGCUGUGCUGGUGAUGUGGCUGGUGCUACUCGUGGUAGUGGUAACCGCAUGGCGGCGAGCGUAACGGAUGACUUAAGGGAGCCGCUGUGGGGAUAUGACGAGGAGAUGGAGGACCCUGAGCUGCGCCCCUGGACCUUUGCCGGAUUCUGCGAGUACUUCAUCAAGUUCCCGCUCACACUGCCCCUCCUCUGCUCCAUCCCGGUCCACCACAAAGACGAGUGGUCCAAGCCCUUUGCAGUCGCCUCCUCCCUCCUCUCCCCCCUCCUCUUCACCACCUUCGUCCUUGGUGCUGAUUCCGACCACCUCGUCUUUAUCCUCGCUGCUUCCCUCGGGGUUUUCCUCGCCUGUCUCACUUACUACACAACGGAAGAGGAAUCCCCACCGCAGUCCUUUCUACCCGCUUUACUCUGGGUAACUGCCAGCUUUGCCAUGUCCGUCGUCUGGUUCUACGCCCUCGCGAACGAACUCGUCGCGCUCCUUGUCUCCCUGGGGGUAAUCCUCGGAAUUUCUCCUCCGAUUCUGGCGCUGACCGUCCUCGCGUGGGGUAAUUCCGUCGGGGAUUUAGUCGCUAAUUUGUCCUUUGCUGCCAGUGGCGACCAAUCACGGCUGCAAAUCGCCUGGUCGGGCUGCUUCGCUGGGCCUCUUUUCAACACGCUGGUCGGCCUGGGCUUGUCUUUAGUGCUCGCCUGUUGGUCUAGAUACCCUGAACCUUACGUGGUGCCUGUGGAUCACACCUUGCUCUCCACCCUAGGGUUUCUCUUUCUCGUUUUGCUCUUUGUGCUGGUUCGGCUGGGUUGGUUGGGAGAAAGAGCAGGGGAUGCUGUGAAUGGGAUAGGAGGAAGAGGUGGGAUUGGGAGAGGGGACAGGGCAGGAAGCAGGGGGAUAGGAGUGACUGGGGGUAGCACUGGUGGGUAUGUCAGAAGUGGGGGGUUUGGUAGCAGCGGCAGCAGUGGCAGCAGCAUAGGGAGGGGAAGCUCUGGUGGAUAUGGGAACAGAGGAGUGGUGUUGGAUAAGUGGACAGGGGUGGUUCUUGUGGCAGCUUACUGUGUGUUUUUGUCUGCACGAUUGCUGACGGUUUUAGGGGUGCUCCCACCGCUGCCGCAAUGGUUUACAGUCCUAAUCGGUGCUGGUGGGGUGCGAUGGAGUAUGAAGCCCGAUCCGCAAGAGACGGCGCAUGGUAAGGCGAGUGGGGUAUGGCGAAGGAGAUUAAUACAUAUGGGUACAUGGUACGACGUGGCAAGCCUCUUGGCACAUCGGAAGACCGAAUCCGGUGAAGAGCAAGUACUCGUUCGCUUCUUCGGCUUUGCAGACGAGGAGGACGAGUGGGUGUCGGCCCGUCUCUCUGUCCGCCCGCGCUCCCUCCCCUGCGAGGGCUCCGAGUGUGUUGCCGUGCUGCCUGGGGACGUCGUGCUCUGCUUCCAAGAAGCUUCCGACCAGGCGCUUUAUUUCGAUGCGGACGUGCGGGAUGUGCAGAGGAGGCGACAUGAUGUGAGGGGGUGUAGAUGCCGCUUCUGGGUGCGAUACCGGCAUGACAAUACCGAGGAGGUGGUACCGUUGAGAAAGAUCUGCCGAAGGCCCGAGACAGAGUAUAGAGUGAAGGCAGCACAGCAGGUGGCUAAGGCACUGCCGUCCAAAAUGCCGCAAUCAUCGCCGCAGCUGUACUCCCGGGUGCCGCUGACCGAGCUGAGCGUCGCUGACCUGGACACCACGGAGCUUAUAUCGGUGGACCUUGAAUCGAGUACGAGCCAAGGCACACUGAGUGCGCAAUCGACUGUGAGCGAAGGCUAUGGCUCGCAUGCCUAUGGCUCGGAAGGGUCAGCAGCAGCGGAAAGAGGGCGGGAGGAGAGGCUCGGGGAGAGGCACGGGAAUCACCAUCUGGAGCUGUUUGAGAGUGACAGGCUGGUGGAUGCUGUGGGGGUGAAGAGGAUGGGCACGGCCUUUUCCCCCAAGAGCCCAAACGACUCCGAGACUGAAUCGCUGCAAGUGCAUCGUGAUCACGAUAAUGCCCCAUCACAGGGAAAGCUCGGCAUGCUCACAGGGGUGUACAUCCCAUGUGUGCAGAACAUACUGGGAAUCAUUUUCUACAUUCGCCUCUCCUG